GAGCUGAGGCACAGUGGGGGCCUGGGGUACCACCGGGGAAGGAGCUGGGGUUCAGGGCAGGAAAGAUACCAUGGGGGGGCGUAGCUGGGGCCCCAGAGUGCAGAAGUGCCGGGCAGGGGACCAGCGGGGCCACCCUCAUCCCCAUCCUGCACUCCAGGCCCCUUCGAAGGCCCCAACUACCACAUCGCGCCACGCUGGGUCUACAACCUGGUCUCCCUCUGGAUGGUCUUCGUGGUCUUCGCCUCCGUCUUCACCAAUGGGCUGGUGCUGGUGGCCACCUGGAAGUUCAAGAAGCUGCGGCACCCACUGAACUGGAUCCUGGUGAACCUGGCGAUCGCUGACCUGGGCGAGACCCUCAUCGCCAGCACCAUCAGCGUCAUCAACCAGAUCUUCGGCUACUUCGUGCUGGGCCACCCGCUCUGCGUCAUUGAGGGCUACACCGUCUCCGUCUGUGGUAUCACGGCACUGUGGUCGCUGGCUAUCAUUUCCUGGGAGCGCUGGUUCGUGGUGUGCAAGCCCUUUGGCAACAUCAAGUUUGAUGGGAAGCUGGCCAUGGGUGGCAUCAUCUUCUCCUGGCUGUGGUCCGCUGCCUGGACGGCACCCCCCAUCUUCGGCUGGAGCAGGUACUGGCCCCAUGGCUUGAAGACCUCCUGUGGCCCAGAUGUUUUCAGUGGCAGCUCAGACCCUGGGGUUCAGUCCUACAUGGUUGUGUUGAUGAUCACCUGCUGCUUCAUCCCCCUGAGCGUCAUCGUGCUCUGCUACCUGCAAGUGUGGCUGGCCAUCCGCUCGGUGGCGGCCCAGCAGAAGGAAUCGGAGUCCACGCAGAAGGCGGAGAAGGAAGUGUCACGCAUGGUGGUGGUCAUGAUCAUCGCCUACAUCUUCUGCUGGGGCCCCUACACCUUCUUCGCCUGCUUCGCCGCCGCCAACCCUGGCUACGCCUUCCACCCGCUGGCAGCCGCUCUGCCCGCCUACUUCGCCAAGAGCGCCACCAUCUACAACCCCAUCAUCUACGUCUUCAUGAACAGGCAGGUGAGUGACUCAAGGCCCCGGGGCAUGCUGGGAAAUGGACACUGCAUGGGCUCUCCGGGCCAUAGACGGGUGUGUGGAGGGACGCUGAG